ACUGGUCCUCCCUCUUUCAAGCUACCAUCCGAGCGCAUAAAACUCGAACCCCAUCGUCAUCAACGACAGCGAGGCCACCCCCAAAAUAUCUCUAUGUGUACACGUGUCCUGCCCAUCGAACUAUCAGGAAGUGAACCGUCUUCCCUUGUAAUCUCAACCUCUAUAAGUUUAAAAAGUCACAGAAAACGAGAUUGAAGCCCAGAGUUUAAAAACAACAAAAGCAUCAAGAAACUGAGAGAGAAAUGGGGAAAAUGGGGUACUUGAAGAUGAAGACGGACGAAAUCAGCAGCGAUCUGAUCGAAUCGGAUCUGAGGGAGCUCGGGAUCGCGGCUACGAAAUUAGCGAAUCAUGCGCUUGUUUUGGGGAGCGGUUUGGGAUUUGGGACUACCUUCCUUAAAUUCCUCGCCUCUCUUGCAGCGAUAUAUUUGUUGAUACUGGAUCGCACAAACUGGAAGACAAACAUGUUAACAUCGCUUUUGAUUCCAUACAUAUUCCUGAGUCUUCCUACUGUAAUAUUCUCAUUGUUGAGAGGGGAGGUUGGCAAAUGGAUUGCUUUUAUUGCUGUUGUGAUACGUCUCUUUUUUCCUCGUCAUUUCCCAGACUGGUUGGAGAUGCCUGGAUCAUUGCUUCUCCUGCUAGUAGUUUCCCCAAGUUUUUUGGCUGAUACAGUUAGGGGUGGCAUUAUAGGAGUCAUCAUUUGCCUCAUCAUCGCCUGCUACCUCCUUCAAGAGCACAUUCGAGCAUCAGGUGGAUUUAGGAAUUCUUUCACCCAGAGCAAGGGAGUAUCAAACACCAUUGGGAUUGUUCUCAUUAUGGUUUACCCAGUUUGGCGUUUGGUUAUCUAUUUCCUGUAGGGUGUUUUUUGCUAUUGUAUGGUGAUCGUUGUUUUCAUUGUUCUGUGAAGCGUGAAUUUGAUUCUUGGGUGUAAUGUUGUAAUUGUUGCUUGAUCUUGUCUGAACUUGCACACUUUACCUACCAUGGUGCAUAUUCCGUUGUAGUAUAUUAUGCAGUGAUUAUUUGUUUU